AUGACAACUGCAAAAGUUUGUAGAGUUUGUUUACAAAUGGGUGUUAAUUUGUUAAAGCUGCACUCCGGGUCUUUAGAUCAUUUUUAUGAAAUUAUAACUGGAAUCUGUGUAGAACAGCUAAAGUUGCCAAUGUAUGCGUGCCAAGAGUGUGCUUUGUUAUUGAAGAAGUAUUAUUACUUUAGGCAAAAAUGUAUGAGAGCCCUUAUGGUUUUAAAAAGUAUUCUUCAUUACCAAGAAGAGAUAACUGAAAAAGAUAUAUUAAAAAUUGAUAGAGAAGCCAUACUCUUAAAUACCACCCUGACACUUUCUAAAAAUGUUUGCGACAUAGAUAUUGAUCCUACUAAGAAUAACAUUCAAAAUGAUGAGGUGGAAAUAAAAACAUUUCCUAAUGUUCCUUUGGAUAAUUUGUUCUUCGAUAUGGAUCCAUUUGAUACUGGACCAGAUAAAGAUUGGCCAAGCGAUGAUGAUUUUAUUGGUACAAAAGAUGAUGAUUCUGAAGAUGAUUUAAUUGCCUUAAGCAAGCUUGGUGUUGUUAAAGUGGAAUCAAAAUCAACUGAAAAGCAGAAAACUCCUACGAGAAGACCUAGAAAAACUUUAAAAAAAGAAAAGCCAAUAGUCUCAAUAUCAAAACAGCAUAAAAUAAGAAUUAGAAAGGGAAAAGGUUUUAUAACUCCACAGGAUAUCAAUUUGCCUAAAGACAUUGAUUUAAAGUUUGAUGAUAAUUUUACAGUUGCGGAGACAACAAAAGAAGAGCAAAUUGAGGAAAUAAAAAAGCGUCAAGAUUCAGAACGUUUCCGCAAAGCUGAGUUCAAGUGUGAAAUGUGUUACAAAUGCUUCAGUAAUGAUAAACUCUGGCAAAUGCACAAGGAACGACACGAUCUUUCAGCAGGUGAGGCGGAGUGCGAGAUUUGCAAACUGCGAUUCAGUCGAGCGGCUCUCAAACGGCAUAUGUAUUCCGUUCAUAGCAAGAAAUAUCUUUGCAAACAGUGCCCUUUUAUUGCCUCUACAUUCAAUCGCGCUAAGCAGCAUAUGUUACAACACAAGGGUGUGAAGUACAAGUGUCCGCACUGUGAUGAAGUUACUAAUAAUUUAAACGCAAUUCUUGGUCACGUACGCAAACGUCACGCGUCGGAUAUUCUGUGCCGUUUUUGCGGACUGCCUUUUGUCUCACGGAUGGGACUCAUUCGGCAUAAGGCGUUGAUGCACAGAGACCGAGAUGAGAUAACAGAGAUAGAGGAUAAUCCGGAAGCCCCGCACUGUAGCGAGUGUGAUAUGAAGUUCGCGAAUGAGGAGGCGUUCAAAAGGCAUCACCUCACGGCCAGAAAACAUAAGGAUGCGACGAAAAAUACGAUUGGAUGUCGCGAAUGUGGAGAGACGUUCGCGAAUAAGAAGGAUCGUCGUGAACACAGUUCUAUUUACCACAAACGAACACAUGUGUCUAAACCCGCACCUGCCGAAUGGCCUGACAAAUGUCCUCUUUGUUCGGAAGUGAUAACUAGUGCGCGCUCGUUGUGGGCCCACUUUCGCAUGAACCAUCCCUACGAGGAGUACCCGCGGGAGAGACCUUUUAUCUGUGACGUCUGUGGAAUGCGAAUGCGGUACAAAAAAGGCCUAGAAGCCCACAUGUACACCCACUUAAAGGAAAAGCCCUUCAAAUGCCUCCGAUGCGGUAAGGGAUUCAACAGUGCGGGAAAUCUUGCAACGCAUCAUGGGUCCGUGCAUUCCGAUCUACGUCCGUAUGUGUGUACUGUUUGCAACCGGGCAUUUAAGAAGAAGAAUACCUUGAGGUGUCACUUUAUGACGCACACUGGCGAAAAACCCUACCGGUGCGAGAUCUGUGGUCACGCGUUCACUCAAUCCAACAGCUGCAAGAGCCACAUUAGGAAAGUGCAUGGAGAGCAACCGCCCAAGAUUGUCUCUCGCAAUAACUACUCAAACUAA